CAUGGCGCACUGCGAAGAUUUUAAUAUAAUUAUAAUACAGCUGGAGUAGCUAGCUAUAGCUAGCUGUGUACUGAGCAUGAGCUGAGCUUGAGGUCGAUACGUCCUUAAUUGGUACAUGGUAUACAUGGUGUAUAUAGCUAUACAUGUACAUGUAUCUACUAGUUUCAUGAAAGGCAUCAACUUCACUAUUCUCUGAAAAUGACACACCUAAUCAGCAAUGAUGGCUACACUUCUGUGGUCAAGAUUGAACCCACCCCCUGCAUGAUGCCACACCCCCAAACUCAUGGACCCCCUGUGGAGACGUACACGUACACCCCAACACACCAUUGGCCCACUACUCAUCAAUUACCAGCAACUCCAAACGAAUAUCCAUUGGUUCCAAAUGUUCCUCAACAAACUCAGCCGUAUUCCACACUACGAAUCAAAACAGAACCUACUGAUUUUUCGGUUGUGUCUCAAUUAAGACCGCGAACAAGUAGCUUCUACAUACCCGCUGUGAAAUCCAAACUCUCCACACCUCUCCUAGAUGGUCGCCUCCCAUCAGCUUUGUGGGAGCCCAGUAUGGAAGAGAGAAAAAUGAGCAAGAGUGCACUAAAAGUGAAACGAAAAGUGAAACGAAGUGUAGAGAGUAAAGUGCUCAGACGAAAUGCCAGAAAAGCUAGGUACAGGCAGGAACAAUUACUACAACCACAAGAAGAUCGUAGAUUAAACAGUAAAGUGAGCGGGCUAUGCUCAUAUUACAGGAACGAUCCCUAUAGUAUUUUGCAAAUUAUUCUGGAUCAUUAUACUCAUGAGAAAAUCAUCGAAAUCUACGUGGCCGUGGUUCCGACUUCUAAUAUGAAAAGUUACGUAAAGCUAUUGGUUAGGAAUGGACUGUUGAAAUUCAACCUAACCAUUCCUAGCGCUAUGGAACCGGGUGCGUCAGGUACCAGUGGUCCAUCACAUACUCCUCAAAUACCAGUGACUCAAAACGAAUAUCCACCAGUUCCGAAUGCUCUCCAACAAACUCAGCCGUUAUCCACAUCACAAAUCAAAACAGAACCCGUGGAGGCUUCGGUCACACUGCAAAGAGCUACUGAUCCUCACACCCUCACACCUUCACAACUGCCCACUCACACCCUGCCCACGACUAGCUUCUUCACACCUGCUGUGAAAUCCGAACUCUCCACACCUCUCCUAGACAGAAGCCUCCCACCAGCUUCGUGGGAGCCCAUUAUGGAAGAGGAAAAAAUGACCAAGAGUGCAAAAAGAAAGGCGAAACGGAGACUAAAGUUGGAGCAGGAAGACGAAUGGCUUCAAAAAACACAAGAAGCUCGUGAUUUAAUCAAGAAAAAAUUACUAAAACAACAAGAAACUAGUAAAUUAAAGGUGAAAGUAGUAAAUCUAUGCUCACAGAACAAGGACAAUCCUCACAAGAUUUUGCAAAUUUUUCUGGAACAUUAUACUCACGAGAAAAUCUUAUUUUACUUGACUAUCAAGUGUAAAAUGAGACCAUACAUACAGCUUUUGAUUGAAAAAGGACUGUUAGCGUUACACCUGACCAUUCCUAGCGCUAUAGACACCAAUCAACCGGGACCAUCAGAUACGAGUGUUCCUCCUGUCACUCGAUCACAUGGAUGGAGCACUAAUCAACCGGGACCAUCAAGUACGAGUAUUCCUGUCACUCGAUCCCAUGGAUGGAGUGGGAAUGAUGCACAAGAGAGCAGCUGCAAUGUUGUGAAGAUAGAGUUUCCAUUAGCAGAACGUUAUGAGCUUUGAAGUAGAUUCAUGGUGUCAGCAAUCGCUCGUUUAUGAAACAGCCAGAAAUAAUUAUGACGAAACUAACUAUUAAAUGCAGUGUUGUAGAUUCAAACUUAGAACAUUAUGUUUAUUAAAGAAGUGUGCAAGAAACUAACUCUGUAUUUAUGCUUACGUAUAACAAGACUAAACAACGUGACAUUGGGACUG